AUGAGCCUGGAAUACCAGAUCAGCCCCCCGAUGGGCGGCAUUUUGCCCAACGUGAAGCCGAUUUUCUCGGCCGACAAGAAACACCUGUUUGUGCUCUUUGCCCACGAGCUCAGAGUGUAUCUGUUUUCCACCCAGCGAGUGGUGGCCCGGUGCCGACUCGAUACCAAGAACGCCACAGACAUGUUUCUGGAGGAGAAACGCAACCGAGUCUGGGUUGCGUCGCGGACUGGAUCGCUGGUGUGCAUCAACUGGAAGUCGCAGAGCAUUGCUGCGUCCGUGACGGUGCCUGCUGUGCUGGAGCGAGUCUACGGCAUCAAGGCCAACGAGGAGGCCAACAAAAUCACCAUGCUCGGCCUUACAUCCACCAAGUUCUGGAAGAAGACCACUGACACACCCAAGACCAAGACCAAGAAGAACCAGACCAAGAAGGGCGAUGGUGCCCAAAAUGCAGACCUUCCCACCCUGGACGCCGACGGACAGGUGAUCCUGCACACUGGCGCCAAAAACGACUACCAUUACAACGUUGCCGACUGGGGAGACGACUAUAUCAUGUCCAACCACGUGUUCGUGGCCGAUAUCACUGUCGACGACAACAAGGAGGUGUCUCACUCCUUCACCAAACUCACAUCCACCGUCAACGAGGCCACCCACUCAGCCCUGUCGCUCAAGGGAGAGUAUCUGGCUCUGUACCAGCUCAAGGCCUCUUCUGUCAAGCUGCUGCAGUUUUCCAAGCCGUGGCUGGAGCUGGACGUUCACGAGCCUCUGGAGAUUGAGACUGAGGGCAACGUGAAGAAGCUUGCCAAUGGAUCUUCCAUUGCCGUGUCCGAUUCCGGUCUUGUGGCCAUGGGCUUCAACUCCGGCACCAUUGAGAUGUUCUACGACAUUUUUGGAUCGCCUGAUGCCGAGCUGGAUGAGACUCCCACCACCAAGAAGAAGCGAAAGAGCAAGGGUACCAGAUACGUCCGACGAGCUCUGCGAUGGCAUGGAGACGCAGUGCUCACUCUGGCCUUCUCGCUGGACGACAACUAUCUGCUUUCUGGAGGUAAAGAGCGAGUGCUGGUGUUCUGGCAGCUGGAUUCCAACAACACACAGUUCCUUCCUCGUCUUCCCGGACCCAUCACAACCAUUACAGUUGACCCUACCGGAGAGCUCUAUGCUCUGAACCUGGAGGGCAAGGAGCUCAUUGUCCUGAGUGCGCUGGAUCUGCUGACCCGUCUGCAGGUGUGUGGCUCCAACAUUGGCUACGCCAACACCCUGGGCUACCCCAUCAAGGAGGCCAAGAAGGCUGCCCGAGUCAAGGGCAAAAAGAUGUACCAGCCUUCCAACUUCUCCUGCAUGGCCAAGAUCCACCCCACUAAGCCCAACCAUCUCUACGUUUUCACCGGUGUGCGAGCACAGAUCCAGAUCUACGACAUUGCCGAGAACCAGGAGGUUGCAAAGUUCCAGGUGGCCCCUGCGGUGCAACUCGGUAAGGUACGGGGCGAGUUGAAGAACAAGGAUGCCGAGGUGACCUUCCUGGAGUUCUCCGACGAUGGACAAUGGAUGGUGACGGUCGACGAACAAACCAACCCCAAGCUGGACUUCCUCAUGAGCUCCGACGACGUGGUCUGUACCCUGCGGUUCUGGAAGUGGAGCAACAAGGUGACAUCCAAGCCCGGAUCCGCGGAGAUGCAGGGCUCGUGGCAGCUCACCACCAAGGUCGUCAACCCUCACAAUGCCCGAGUUCUGUCUCUGCUAGCACACACCCACAACGGCGAGCCCACAUUCAACACACUGUGCAAGAAUGGCGCUCUUCGAGUGUGGAAGCACUCUGUUUCAUCCUCUCACACUGGCUCCAAGGUCUCAUGGCACGUUCGAAACAUGAUCUCUGCUUCUCCUGCCGACCUGCCUUCCGGAUCUAUGGCCUACUCGGAGGACGGUUCUGUUCUAACCGUCGGUGUUGGUGAGCAGUUGACUGUCUACCGAGCGUCUAACCUGUCAUUCGUCACCGAACUGCCCAACUUUAUCGGAUCCCGAAUCCGAGACAUCUACGUCAUGCGGCAGAACCUCAUCUGCUUCUCCAUGCAGCGUCUGGCAGUGUUUGAUCUCGUCCAGUCGCGAGUCAUGUGGUCUGUGGAGAUCUGGCUGCCCCUCAAUGGACACAGAUACGUGGCAUUUGACGCUCCCCGAAACCGAUUCGCCUUUGCUGUCAACGUGUUCGACACAAACCAUACCUGCAGCGCACGAAUCAUGUUCAUGAGCCCCAAGUCGCCCGGACCUCUGUUUGUACAGACCCUGGAGGUGGCAGCGUCUUCUCUGGAGUUCCUGCCCAACGGAGACCUGGUCGUUGUUGAUACUAACAGUAACAUCCAUGUGCUCAAGGAGACCACCUCUGAGGAAUCCGAGGAGUCUUCGGCCACUAAGGAGAUCACCCAGUUCACCCUGCCCGAAUACAGAGAGACUCGAACCGUCCAUAUUGGGGACAACCGGGACGAGAUUCUCAUUGACUCUCACCAGGCUGCUCUGUCUAUCGAGUCCUUUGACAACGUCUUUGAUGGCGCUGAUUCUAUGGAGAGCAUGUUUGAGAAGUUGGCUAUUGUUGUUGCUGGUAACGAGUAG